UUUUCACCAAUUUAAUUUGGAUAGUUCUUAGUGUUACUUUAGCUGUUAGAGUUUGCAUUGUAUGUUUUUCUUGGUUGAAUUUUGGUGUUGCUUUUCUGAAUUUUUGUUUUCUUCUACCGAUUUAUAUAUUUUAAUUUGAUCAGUAAUAUUUUAGAUAGAAAGACAAAACAAUUGAAUCUAAAGUCUUCAAGUAAAAGAAAAGUAAAUCCCUAGAAAUUUAUGCCAUGCUUAUUUGAUGAUUUUGAGCGUUUGAGAUUGAUUUUUUAACAAUUUAACUUGGAUAGAUCUUAGUGUUACUUUAUCUAUCAAAAUUUAUUAUUGAAUUUUUCUUGAUUGAGUUUGCGUGUUCUUUUCUGAAUUUCAGUUUUUGAAAAUGCUAUGUUUGCUACCGAGUUAUAUAUUUUAUCUUUAUAGUUUAAUUUGAUCAGUAAUACUUUAGAUAAAAAAAGGAAAUAAAUUUUGAGCCUUUCAACAUGUUAAAGAGAGGCAAAUCCCUAGAAACACAUGCCAUGCUUAUUUGAUAACUUUGACCGUUUAAGAUUAAAUUUUUUAUGUUUAGUUAAGUCAACAUGGAUAGUUCUUAAUUAAUGUUACGUAAACUAUUAAUGUUUCAUUAUAGUGUGCUUUUCUUGUUUGAGUUUGCGUGUUCAGUUUCUGAGUUUCUGUGUGUUUCAAAAUGUCUCAUGUUUUCUACAGAUUUAUAUAUAGAUUAUCUUUAUAUUUUAAUUUUUAUCAGUAAUACUUGAGAUAAAAAGGACAAAAAGUUUGAACCUGAAAUCUACAGGCAAAAGAGAAGCGAAUCCCUAGAAACAUAUGCCAUGCUCAUUCGAUGAUGAUGUACCCGGCGGCAUAGGUUAAAUGAUGAAAAUGGAACUUUGUUAUAUAAAUGCAUUCCUUUUCGGUCGCAUGUGAUCAAACUAUCAUCAUUAGCCCCACUUCCAACAACUCCUUAAACACCUCUCCAGGAUCCACCCAAACCAUCUCUCUGUAGAUUUUUCAUACGUAGCAUAUAACCAAAGUAUAUAACCUAGAGACAAUAAGUGCAUAUUAUUACUAUUGGAAGCCUUGUGGUUAUCAGACUCGCCACAUUUUUCUUUCUAAUUCGAGGAACCUAUUCCGUAUAUGGUUUGCUACUUGACAUAGCCAAUCAAUUCAAGCCGCCGUACUAUAGGCUUUUCACUUCUGCAUGAUUUUUUCAAGAAAUCAAGGUUUUAUGCAUCAUAUAUCGACUAUUAUUACAAAAACAAGUUGACAAAUAAAUUUAUUGAACACAAUAAAUAACUGACUACGUGUAUUUUUCAACUUAACGUUUAAAUUACGAAAUCGGUUUGGUUUUCUGUUUUGGGGAUAAGAGUAUAAAAAACUAACCCACGACGACAUACUUUAUUAAGCACUCAAAGCUAAACACUUAGUCCAAUAAUUUAAUCAGUGAAGAAUUAAGAAAUUAGGAUUACAUAAUGAUUCGUACGUGUUUACAGAACUAAGGGGGGUUAUUGGAACAUGAAUUUCUGUGGAAUUUGAUGAUUUUAAUAGUUGAGAGAAUUUUACAAGUUAACUAGAUUUAACAAAUUUUAUUAAAUACUUUUACAUAGAUUUUCAUUACUUGUGUAUAAAAUUCUAUUGAUUGUUAUUGACUUUUAAAGUAAAAAGUUAAUGGUAAUAGAAAAAAAAAAUCAUUUCAAUUAAGGCAAUUCUUAAACAACUUUUAAAAAAAAUUUGUCACAAAAAAGAUUUCAAGAAAGAAAAUGACCAAAAAAAUUAAUUUCUACUUCUUACUUUAUAGAUAUAUAAAUAAUAAUAAAAAAUAUUUUUUAUAUAAUUUCGAAAUAUAUGUUUAAAUUUGAAUUUUUGUAAAAAAAUUUUGAAUUAUUAUUUUUGAAAUGUUUUUUUAAUUCAAAAGUGCUUUUAAAACUAUUUUUACAAUUUUUAUUUUUAUUUUUUAAUAUUUUUUCUAUUUUUUUAAGUUGUGAAUUGUAUUAUGUUAAAGUUUUGAUUUGUAUAUUAUUUCAUUAUUCAAUUUGAGUUUUUGUAUGUGAGUGUAUUUUGUUACAUUGAUUUCAAAAAAUUUAUGGGUGUAGAUGAUAUUCUCAAAGUUAAGUACUAUGAGUAAAAACAAAGAAAAUUUCCAUCCCAAUAACAAUAGAUUUUAAUAGAAAGAACGUAAUCAAUGAAAAGAUUGCAGAAGUUGGAUUCAGAGUCGGAUCUCAUCGCUUCAUUAACAUGGUAUGGUAUUCAAUUUCUGGAGAGUCUCCUCCACAUAUGGCUUUAACAUUGAUCUAAUAUUUUAUAUUGUUUGGACACAAAAUUAAAUAUAGUGUUAUUUGAAACAUAGAUAUUUUUUUAACGCUGAUUUAUUAUGAUAUAGAUAUUAAUAUAUAAAAAGAAGUAUAUUGUUUGAAAACAUGUAUAGUGGUAUAAAGGAAUUAAUAUUAGUGAUUUAAUAUAGGUUUAACAAUAAAGUAGAAAUAUGUAUUUAAUUUAAAAACUUAAAAAAAUAAAGGUUAGGUCCAAUAUUUUGGAUCUAUUGGACCUGGUUGGUAAUGGCUAUAGCUUUAAAAAAUUUGCCGUAGAAAAAUGUGGUUUAAAUUUUAUUCAUGUAGAAUUUUAUGGAAAGUUCCCAAAAUAUUGUUGUGGAUAUUUGGAUCUGCAGAGCACUUAUACAGUUAUAGGUUAUUUUAAAUUUUUUUAUUAAAAUUUAACUGUUGUGAAUUUAGUACUCUAUAAAUAAAUGGGACAAUACCUACCGGUACUACCAAUCACACCCGUUGAUUUUGUUUUAAUAAGAUAGAUAGAUCGGCUACUAUUGUCAUUUGGUGGACUCAAAUUAAGAGAACUAUAUAAGAUAAUGAAUAUCAGGGAUGAUGUAUUCUUUUAGUAGAUAACAGAAGUAGGUACACCGUACACAUGACACAUAUGCAAGCCCACUCACAAUAUGUUAUGUCACACGGUCGAUGGGUUGGUGUUUGAAGAGGUUUUCAAUUUCUGAAAGCUAAAUAUAUACAUAUAUCUCUUCGAAAUUUUUAUUUUUUUCCCCGAUUUUUUAAUUUUUUUUUUCUCUACCCGAAAGGGUGAAUAUCAAUAUGCAAAAAUAUAAUAAAAACUAUGUGGGCCAGGUCAUAGUUAUAGUGGAUCAUUCUUGCACAUAGAUAUGCUAAAUAUGCAAAAGGAAAAUUAGUUCACAGUUGAACUGAGUGGAAACUUAGCCAAUAAAUUUUCGCUAUUGAUACUAAAAUGUCAGAACCCAUAUAUUUGGAUUAUUUUCCAAUUACCAAUAAAAAUAAAAACAUUCAUGAUAAAUCAUUAUGUAAAGAUGACUGCUUCUAAAAAUGUCAUAUUAUGUGGGUAACAUUUCAGCCGCCGCACAGAAGAAAAAAGAAGAGAACUCCAUAGCCUCCGAUCUCCUUUUGUGGUGGGCCGUGCUCCUUACCGCCGCUACAUGAGGGAAGAUCUUCUCUUCCUCUUUAGUUUAAUUGUAUGGUUUCAUAUCUUUUGGCGUUUCUUAGUAUCCUUCGUGAUUGAGAUCUUUCGUUGAUAAGCUUGCAUGGCUGUGGAGUCUUUUGGGGUUGAAUCAGUGCUUGGGUCCCUUGAGAAUUGACGAUUGGGUGAAGCGUUGUAGAGGAGACUUCUGUGGGGGUAGUUGGUGCUUAAUCGUUCUGUUUUUUGUUGCUCCCCUUUGUGUUUUUUCUAGACUGUGUUCUGCACUUGGAGUGUGGUUCCAGCUUUUUUGUUUGGUUCAGGUGAAGUUUUGGUUCGGAGAGUUGGGUUCAGUGACGAGUCUGGCGCUAUAUGUCAGGUCGAGGACCUGUUGACGGUGCGGUGUAGCUGUUGGGAGCAGUGCAGGUGCUUUCGCUGACGUCGUCUUUGGACUUUCUUCAACUUUAGUCCUUUUGCUGCUCAUCGUAUCUGCAUAGAAUUUAGUUCUCGGUGAGUUGUUGUGUCGACUGGGUAUUUCUGUGUGCACCUUAAAGUGCCUAUAUCCCGAGAUUGGGUUCAUGUCUCAAGUGUUGGUUAAUCAGUUAGUGCAUUCAAGAUUGUGGUUUUUUCUAAUUGGUUCUGGUUUGGUGAGAAGUUGUAUGUUUCCUUGGACUUUUUUUUACAACGGUGAAGCGUCCCGAAGAUCUUUGGUUUGCUAUUGGCUUCUCUCUAGUGAAAAGGUCUGAUUUGAGGUUUGUUGUUCCUCGCUCUGCUGUAUGGUCCGGCGGAUUGGCCUUUUUUUGUUCUUCGGUUUGGCUGUCAAGCAUUUCAAGUGUUGGGGGUCUGUUCUCAUUAGAGGCCCAUUCUCGGUUCGUCUGGUUGUCUCCUUGUAAAUUUCUGGUGGUUCUAAGUUUUAUGGAUCCUAUCUCAUUCUUCCUCUCUCAUGAACUUUCAGUAACUUGGAGUUUUCAGUUUUGAAUUUCAACUUGUUUCGGUUGCUUAUGUGCCAUGUGGAUGAGCUUUAGUUUUCCUUCUUAUGAGAUUUAAUUUCUCUUCUUAUGGGAUUUAGUUGCUGAGGAUAUUUUUCUUUUCCUCUAGUUUAUGUAUUAGAUUUUGUAUUCGGCCUUGUUUGUUCUAAUAUAAUCCAAUUUGACGGGAAAAAAAGAUGACUGCUUCUCUAUGGGAAUAAAAUGGUGAAAUGUAAAAAGCAGAAGUAAGAGAAAAAAUUAAGGUAGAAAAAAAGAGAAAAAGAAAUAUUGUUGCUUGUUUGACCAAAAAAAGAAAAGAAAUAUUGGUGCUCUAGUUAAUUGUGGAGUAGAACUGAGUCUAUACUUUAGAGUAACAAGAGUAGAGUAGAUGAGAAUACAUAUAUUACUUGAUUUCGCAAUCUUUACAGUAACUUAAGAGUAAUAUUUUUUUCCACCACUAUAAUUUAUGUUAGAUGUGCAAACUAGUGAAUGCCUUUAUACGCGAGAUAGUUACUGCACUGUUAUAGCGAAUCCGUAGACAAAACUUUGUCGUCUUUGUACUGAAGUGUUCGUUUGCAAGUACUCUUGUGAAUUCUCUUUAUCUGUUGGAUGAUAUUUAAUCCACAAUAAUUAUAUUAAUACUUUGACAUAAAAGUUGAUUUCUUGAAUAUAUAUAUAUAUAUAUAUAUAUAUAUAUAUAUAUUGUUUGAAAAGAAACAAAAGGGAAAUGGAUAGUUUCUCUGAAAGUUGAUGCUUAGAAACUAUUACAAAAUUUAAAUUUUAAAAUUUUAAUACCUAGACUUUAAAAUUUUAUUAUUUUCAAGGGCAAAAUAUAGUUUAUCUGUUUAAUACGCUGUAAAUUGAACCAAAAUCGAUUCAAAUUUCACAAAUACAAGUUUUUUACUAAUCAAUUUUUUCUUACUGCUAAAUAUUUUGUUUACCAAUCAAACAUUAAUAAAUACCAUUUUUCUAUAAAAACGCAGUUAGCUAGAAUUACGUACGAAUCACUGUUGAUGUACUGGAUUUUAGUUCCGUUCUAUCAAUUAAAUAAGGUGUCAUUAUUCGGACCUUUAAUGAUGGAAAUGGUUUUAACUUUAAAAAAAAAAAAAUCUGAAAUGCUUGCUUUAAUUUGAUAAGUUUGUAAGCCGAAACGAGUUCGAAAAGCAAAUAGGACUUGACCCCGACAGACGGAAUUUUGUUCAUUUAAAUUUUGUUAUUUAAGUGCAUUCCUUUUCGGUUUCCAUGUGAUCACACUCUCUCAUCAUUAUCCCCACUCUCGACAAAAGAAAAAACAAGUUAUAUUCUGUGAGCUAGUGAGAUAUAAAUAUUUUCAUAUAGAAUUAUGAUUCUAUUUAUUCAUGUUGACUGAUUUUUCCUGCAAUAUUGUAAACUAAAAAAAAAACUUAAAUAUAUUUUCAAUGGUUUAAUUUUUUUUUUUUGGAUUUUAAAAUUGGUGAGCAGAGAAGAGCCGAUAAUGUUAUUUUAUAAUAUUUUUUCUGUAAUAAAAAUGCCAACCAACAAAAUGAGGGACGGAGCAAAGACAUUUCUUGGCCAGAACCGGAGCGUCGGUUUGAAUCCAAUAUUAUGCACUUUUUUUUUCUCAAAAAUACGGACUUCACGACUAAUAAUAUUUUCUGCAUUAUAAAUUAAUUACAUUUUUUUGCAUUCAGCAUGCACCUCCAUUUAAUGCAUACAUUGUGUUUCUAAACUAAAAUAGUAUAUUAUUUUAGUUGUUGAAGAAAAAUAUAUAUAAAAAAUAUGAGAGAAGUUAUAUUUGUUUUUUUUUUAUUAAAGGGUUCAAGAGAAAUUGUAUAUGUACUAGAGCUAGAGUGUUGAUCAUGCAACUAUAGAUGAAUACGUACAAACAAAAAUAUGUGAAUAUGCAUGUGUACCAAAGAAGAUGAUAAGAAAAACCAUAGAAUACCCUACUACAAUUAUAAACUAGAUACGAACCCGCCCUGUACACAAAUAUUAUUUUUGUUAUAUCUUCAUAAUUUUUUAAUAUAUAAUAUUAUAUGAUGAAAUAUUUGGUUUAUACUUUUAAAAAUAUAUUUAUUUGGAAUAUAAUUUACUUUCUACUUGUAUAAUCUUGGUGUGUCUUUUAAUUUUAUAGAUAGAUUAUUCAUCGUGUUAAUUUGAAUGUGUAAUGUUCAUAUAUGUAGUAAUUUAGUGGUUUGACUUGGUUUUUAAUUGUGAAAUGAUCUUACUUAAACUAAGGAAUUGUUUUUUUAAUAUAUAUCUUUUAAUUUAAUUUAUUUAAAAUAAUUUAUUUUAAUUUUUUUGUAUAUUUAAUAAUACUAACCAAUUUUUUAUCUAAUUUGUUAAUAAUUCGGUUAUACAUAGGUUUUUUUAAAUAUUUUAAUUAUUUAGGUACGUUUUAAAAAUACAAAAAAAUAUUUGAUAAAUUGGUAAGAUCCAUAAAUAUUCAAUCUAAAUUAAAUUUAUGUGUUUAUGGUUCAGUCCAAUAUAAUCAUAUUUUGAUUUGUCCAAAAAGACUUUAAAGCCCAGUAGUAUAAAAUAUUAAUUAUAAGAAGAUUUGUGUAUUAUAUUGUUCUUCUAAUAAUAAAUACAUAACAGAAGUAGAAGUAUUGAUGGGAGAUAGAGAAUAUGCUUCAACAUUCGACAUACCAGAUCUUUGGAACAGGCUAUAAGGAGCUGAUUGCAAAUAUGCUUCCUAAAUUUCAAGAUCAUUUAUGUUCCACGAGUACAAAAUUAGAUUUAUGAUUCUUUAGCUAGGACCACAAAGUCUUUCUAUAGAGAGCUUUGUUUUAUAGAUUGUUUUAUUUCGGUCUAGUUACUUAGACCACCUCAAAUUUAAAUAAUAUAAUAUUCGUUCGUUUAAAAAAAUACUAACCGAAUGUUUAGUAUAAAUCUUCAUAAAAAUAUAUUAUAUGCGUUGUAUAAAUCUUCAUAAAACAACAUACCGGUUAAAUUUAAUUAUAUGGGUUGUCAUCAAUUAUUAUAUAAAAAGAGUGUGUAUAUUAAAGGGACCGUAUAUUAAGUGAUAACAUGUUGAAUAAGUCUAAAAUUAAUAUCACAUGGUCUAUUUCAAUUAAGAUUCUAUUUUAAUAGAGUAGAUAGACAAAAAAUAGUAUAAUGUAAAAGAAAUAUGAUGUGUUUCAAAAAAAAAUGUUUCAAACAAAAAGCAAAAGAAAUAUGGUGAAAAUUCUUUAGAAAUAUAAGUCUGGAAAUACAAUUAGAUACGUCCAAGACUAUACACAAAGAAAAAGCAAUACUGUUCUACAACGCAAUUGGUAUAGGAUGCACAAACACAAUAUUUUUCCCCAACACAACCUUGAUAUUCUAUUUUUGCAGACUUUAGACUGAUCUUGAAUAAUUAUCCGUUUUUUUUUACUUUAUCGCGCUGCCGACCUCCGGUUACAACAUCGAAGCCCUGAUUCUCAGAAACAUUUGAUCAAAUCUUCCUCACAAAUACUAGAUUUAAUCUCGCAAGUAUCUUUGUAUACAACUAUCUUUUUACACAUCGAUUAAUUCUUCUUAUUUUUUAUGCAUGAAUGUUGGUUUUCGUUUUUUGAAAGAGGCCUGUGUAUGGAGUAUGGAGUAUUUAGUUUAUUACAAUGACGAAAUGAUCUCUUUAUCAUAGCAUUUACAUGAUAUGGUUAGUUUGUGAAAUAUAAUUUUGUAUAGUUAUAGGAGCUAAUUUUCCUACAAAUAAAUAGGACAUGAUAGGUUUUUUAAAGUAAAAUUGUAUCAGAUAUACACAACUUUUUCCUUAAUUAAAUCAAUAUCCCGAAUUUCACACCAUGAUAUCUUUGUCUAUAGAUACAAAACUUUUCAUAUCAUAGAUAUUUAUCUAAUUUUCAAUUUUUGGUGAUUUUUUUAGCUAAUUGACUCGUUUUAAAAAAAGAAAAUGACAGCUUUCAAAACAUACACAGUAUAUCUAUAUAUAAAUAACAUAAAAACACGCUUCACAUAGUUGUUCUAAAGCACCUCCAACAAUGGUUUUAGGAAAACUCCUAAAAUUUUAAGGAAAAAAAAUUAAGAGAGAAAGUGUGUAAAAAUCUUAAAUUUAUAGGUUUUAAAAAACUAUUAGUAUAUUCAAAGAACAUUUGUUAAUCUAUUAAAAAGGAUAAGUGAUUUAAUUGAUUUUAAGAAAAUAAAUAAAUUAAUAUUUAUAGUAUUAAUAUUUUUUUUUAUUUUAGAAACUUACAUUGUUUUUUUACUGAUGGAGGUGUUCUAAACAACUAUAAAAACCUCUUCAUCGUUCUCCUUUCUUUCUCUCUCUCCAUUUAAAUCCGGAAACAGAUCAUUUUGCACAUCCUUUCUCUUCCACGCUCGCUCUCAUGAGUUCCUGAGAAUUAUCAUAACAACUUCUCCUCUUCGCUUUCUCUGUGAAAAACGAAAUCAAUACCGGCCAAGAAAACAUGAAGAUUCCUUCGUAUCUUCUUCUUCUCCUGAUUCUGUUUGUUCUUUGUAGAGUGGAAGGAAGACAGUCAGCAGGAUACUGUGCAAUGUAUGAUAUCUGUGGAGCACGGAGCGAUGGGAAACUACUGAAUUGCCCCUUUAACAUCCCUGCCGUCAAGCCGGAUGAUUUAUUAUCUUCAAAGAUACAAAGCUUGUGCCCAACCAUCACUGGCGACGUUUGUUGCACUGAAACUCAGUUCGACACGUUACGUUCCCAAGUUCAACAGGCUAUUCCCUUUAUUGUAGGCUGUCCAGCAUGCUUGAGGAACUUUCUGAAUCUUUUCUGUGAACUUACUUGCUCUCCUGAUCAAAGUCUAUUUAUCAACGUUACUUCUACUACAAAGAUCAAGAAUAAUUCGACCGUUGAUGGGAUUGAGUACUACAUAACCGAUUCUUUUGGAGAAGGGUUGUAUGAGUCUUGCAAGAAUGUGAAGUUCGGUAGCUCCAACAGCCGAGCUUUAGAUUUUCUCGGAGCUGGUGCAAAGAAUUUUAAAGAGUGGUUUGCAUUUAUCGGCCAGAAAGCUGGUGUCAAUUUGCCAGGCUCACCUUAUGGGAUCAAGUUUUCACCGUCACCACCAGUGUCAUCUGGAAUGAAGCCUAUGAAUGUGUCUACUUAUUCAUGCAGUGACGAUACUCUUGGAUGUUCUUGUGGUGAUUGUCCUUCUGCAGCUGCUUGCUCUAGUACAGCAGCACCUCCUACUCAGAAAAGGCAUGCUUGCUCAAUCAAGAUUGGAUCACUUGAGGCCAAGUGUGUUGAUUUUGUGCUAGCCAUUCUGUAUACUGUCUUGGUUUCAUUGUUUCUUGGAGGUGGAUUAUUUCACAGAAUAAAGGGUAAGAAAAAUAGCUCACCAUUGUCCGAAGCUAGCAGAGAUAGAAGUUCUGUUAAUCCGCAAAAAGCAGACACUAUUCAUGCGCAGAUGCUACAAAACACUCCACAGAGAAACUGGGCUCAGCUGUCAGCAGUACAAGGAUUCUUGGCCAAUUUUUACAGGAAGUAUGGGAUCUGGGUAGCAAGAAACCCAACUCUAGUUUUGUGUUUGUCAGUCUCUGCAGUUCUUCUACUUUGUGUGGGUCUGGUCCAGUUCAAAGUUGAGACAAAGCCUGAUAAGCUAUGGGUAGGUAAAGGGAGUAGAGCUGCUGAAGAAAAACAAUUCUUUGACACCCAUCUUGCUCCUUUCUACAGAAUUGAACAGUUAAUUAUAGCAACAGUUCCUAAAUCUCCUCACGAUAAGGCGCCAGAAAUUUUGACAGAUGACAACAUUAAGUUACUUUUUGACAUACAAAAGAUGGUUGAUGGACUGAGAGCAAACCACUCAGGUUCAAUGGUUUCUCUAACAGACAUUUGCUUGAAACCACUUGGAGAGGAUUGUGCCACACAGAGUGUUCUGCAGUAUUUCAAGAUGAAACCAGGAAAUUAUGAUGACUUUGGAGGCGUCGAUCAUGUUAAAUAUUGCUUUGAGCAUUUCACCUCGACAGAGUCAUGUUUGAGUGCAUUUAAGGGUCCCCUUGAUCCAACAACAGCACUGGGAGGUUUCUCAGGGAACAGUUAUAGUGAGGCUUAUGCUUUUAUUGUGACUUAUCCUGUGGACAAUGCUGUUGACAACGAAGGUAACAAAACUGAGAAAGCAGUGGCUUGGGAGAAAGCCUUUAUCCAACUUGCCAAGGAUGAAUUGUUGCCAAUGGUUAAAUCAAAAGGUUUAACUCUUUCUUUCUCUUCGGAAAGCUCUAUUGAAGAAGAGCUGAAAAGAGAAAGCACAGCAGAUGUUAUAACUAUAGCCAUAAGUUAUCUUGUCAUGUUUGCAUAUAUAUCACUGACACUUGGGGAUGCACCUCGCUUGAAUUCCUUUUACAUUACAUCCAAGGUUCUGCUUGGUCUAUCUGGUGUUCUUCUCGUCAUGCUUUCUGUCCUCGGCUCCGUAGGAUUUUUCAGUGCCGUUGGGAUGAAAUCCACUCUGAUCAUAAUGGAAGUUAUACCUUUUCUUGUUUUGGCUGUCGGUGUUGAUAAUAUGUGCAUACUGGUUCAUGCUGUCAAGAGGCAAGAGCAGGAUCUACUUCUGGAAAGAAGAAUAAGCAAUGCUCUUAUGGAAGUUGGACCAUCGAUCACACUUGCAAGUCUAGCAGAGAUUUUAGCUUUUGCUGUUGGUUCUUACAUCAAAAUGCCAGCUGUUCGAGUGUUCUCCAUGUUUGCUGCAUUGGCCGUCCUUUUGGACUUCAUUCUCCAGGUUACUGCUUUUGUUGCCUUGAUAGUAUUUGACUUCAAAAGGACGGAGGAUAAGCGGGUUGAUUGCUUCCCAUGUAUUAAAAAACCUCAACCAUCAGAUAGUUCUGACAAAUGUGUUAGUCAGGAGAAAGCUGGCCUUUUGACUAGAUAUAUGAAGGACGUCCAUGCACCCAUUCUCAGCCAUUGGGUAGUCAAAAUAUUGGUUAUUGCUUUCUUCUUUGGCUUAGCAAUGGCUGGAAUUGCAUUGUCCACCCGGAUUGAGCCUGGUUUGGAGCAACAAAUUGUUCUUCCUCAGGACUCGUAUCUUCAGGGUUACUUCAACAAUAUAUCGACAUAUCUUCGAAUUGGUCCACCUCUAUACUUUGUUGUGAAGAAUUAUAACUACAGCUCAGAAUCAAGACAGACAAAUCAACUUUGUUCCAUUAACAAGUGUGAUUCUAAUUCUCUUUUGAAUGAGAUUGCAAAGGCUUCUUUGAGUCCAGAAGUAAGCUACAUAGCGAAGCCAGCUGCUUCAUGGCUCGAUGACUUUCUUGUGUGGUUAUCUCCCGAGGCAUUUGGAUGUUGCCGAAAGUUUACGAAUGGUACCUUCUGUCCCCCUGAUGACCAGCCUCCUUGUUGCCCUUCUGAUCAAGGAAGCUGUGGUCUAAGUGAAGUAUGCAAAGAUUGCACCACGUGCUUUCGGCAUGCAGAUUUAAGUAGUGACCGCCCAUCAACAAUCCAAUUCAAAGAGAAACUUCCUUGGUUCCUAAACGCACUUCCUUCAGCUGAUUGUGCUAAAGGUGGCCAUGGUGCUUAUUCUACUAGUGUUGAUUUGCAAGGCUAUGAAAAUGGUAUUAUUCAAGCUUCAUCCUUCCGCACUUAUCACACACCUCUUAACAAGCAGGCUGACUUUGUUAAUUCAAUGAGAGCUGCUCAAGAGUUUAGUUUAAAAGUUUCCCGUUCUUUAAAGAUGGAGAUAUAUCCAUAUUCAGUGUUCUAUAUGUUCUUUGAGCAAUACCUUGACAUAUGGAAAACUGCAUUAAUCAAUCUCUCCAUAGCCAUUGCUGCCGUUUUUGCCGUGUGUUUAAUAAUCACAUGCAGCUUUUGGAGCUCUGCAAUUAUUUUGCUGGUGAUUGCAAUGAUCAUUAUUGAUCUCCUGGGGGUAAUGGCAGUUUUUCAUAUCCAGCUAAACGCACUCUCGGUUGUAAACCUAAUCAUGUCCGUGGGGAUAGCCGUUGAGUUUUGUGUACACAUAACACACGCUUUCUCGAUUAGCUCUGGGGACAGAAACCAACGGAUGAAAGAGGCUCUCGGUGGAAUGGGAGCUUCAGUUUUCAGUGGAAUUACAUUGACGAAGCUAGUUGGGGUGAUUGUACUCGGCUUCUCAAGAUCGGAAGUAUUUGUGGUCUACUACUUCAAGAUGUAUUUGGCACUAGUCCUCCUCGGUUUCUUGCAUGGCCUUGUAUUCUUACCGGUGUUCUUGAGCAUGUUUGGUCCAGCUCCAAGACAUGUAGAAGGUGAUAGGCAAGAUCAUCGACCUUCGGUUUCAUCUCUGCCGUAGGCCGUAGCUCAGUUAGGUUUUAUUCUUUCUUUUAAAUUAUAUUACAUCCAUUUGUAAGUGGUUAAAAAAAUUGUUCCACCCAUAGCCACAGAGAAAAGCUAAGUUCAGACUUAAGCAGAAAAAAGAGAAUCACGUACGUCGAGAGUGGAAAAUUUGCAAAUAUCAGAAUGCUGAAAAAUUGAUGAAUGAAAAAUGUACCGUGUAUAAAAGUACAUACAUAAACGAAGCAACACAAAAACUCAGACCCGGAAAUGAAUUGGAGAAGAAGAAGAAACCCUAGUCUUAACGAGAAGUAACUAAAGGAAUUUCAAAACAAAAUCCUCUUAUCUUUGGCGAAAUAUUGAGUAACAUUUUUUUGCCACAAAAUCUCAAAGUGUAAACUGGAUUACAUUUUGAGUGGAUGCAUUCUGGGUGCAACUCGAAUAAAUUUUUUUUGAAAUGGAAUGACUUUUUUUUUUUUUUGAAAAAGGGCUUUCAAAUUAAAAUGCAAGAAAAUACAUGUAUGAUUUUUCACUCAUAAAUUUGAUAAAGUUUGCAACAAAUAAAAGGGUUUGAAGCCCUAGAUAAAGAUUCACAUUUGAAUCUUAGAAAACAAGACAAAAGAAGACAUUAACUAGUGAUUGUAGUUCUCUCGGCUUCGACGAUCUUGUUUAUCUCUUCCACUAACUCUUGUCCAUCCCAUAUCUUGAACCUUUUGUAUUGGUUUUAUUAUACAAUCUUCAUAGAAAUUACAGAAACAAAUUUUUACACAUAUGCUGGAAUGACUUGGAAUGGUUGAAAUGGAAUGACUUGGAAUGGUUGAUUCCAUUAAUUCCACAUUUUUUUUGUUAGCAUUUACUAUGAAGGGAAUGAAAUGAUCAUUUAGAUAAAUAGAAGGGCAAUUGUCAAUAAUAACACAUUUUGAAGUUUAUGUCACAAAAAUAACACUA